UUAAGUGUUUCAAAGAUACCAGGGUCAGAGAGGAAAGUGUGGAUUCUAUGGUAGAAAUCCACAGUCCAGCAUUCCUAGCUUGUCCUGUGUGAAUUUAAGUCAGGCUUAUUCUGACUGGAAGUUUCUUGUUUUCGGCUUCUCUUCUGCAAGCCAUGUGGCUCUACCUGGUGGCUCUAGUGGGCCUGUGGACCCUCCUGCGCUUGAUCAGGGAGAGGCAGGUGGUGAGCCAUCUCCAAGACAAGCAUGUCUUCAUCACGGGACUCUGGGGCCUGGUCAACAAUGCCGGAAUCUCUGUUCCCUUGGGUCCCAUUGAGUGGAUGAACAAAGAAGACUUUGCCAAGAUACUGGAUGUGAACCUGUUGGGCAUGAUCGAGGUGACUCUGAGCAUGCUGCCCUUAGUGAGGAAGGCAAGGGGCCGAGUGGUCAACGUCUCCAGCGCUGUGGGUCGAGUGUCUUUCUCUGGUUGUAGUUACAGCAUCUCCAAGUAUGGUGUAGAGGCCUUCUCAGACUCCCUCAGGAGGGAACUCUCCUAUUUUGGGGUGAAGGUGGCUAUUAUAGAGCCUGGAGCAUUCAAGACUGCUUUGAACAGUAAUGGAAGGCUAUCAUCAAGUAUCAAGAUGCUGUGGGACCGGGCCAGCUCAGAAGUCAAAGAGAUCUAUGGAGAGGAGUUUAUGUUAUAUUACCUGCGAACACUGACGUCAUUGGUGGAAACAUGCUCGGAGGACCUUACUUUGGUGACGGACUGCAUGGAGCAUGCACUGACUUCCUGUCAUCCUCGCACCCGCUACUCAGCCGGCUGGGACGCUAAGCUCUUGUACCUCCCCAUGAGCUACCUGCCCACCUUCCUCUCAGAUGCCUUCUUCUACUGGAGCUUAGCAAAGCCUGCCCAGGCCCUGUGAAAUCUGCCCUUGUGCAGUGAAGUGGGAGGGUUAGGGCCAGCACCCCAUGUCCAAAUGCCACAUCAGCAACCUGUGGCUGGGAGAUGGUGACGCUGGUGGUAUGGAAUCUCGCCAAGACUGAGAAACAAUUGUUGAUUUUCUUGAAACCAUGGCUUUCUCUGGAUUCCUUUCAUUUUAGAAUAAAUGUUGGAAAGAUUA